GCAAAGAUUCCAUUAUUUUAGUCUAGCAGUGCCUUCUCUGGUAAAGGUUAGGUUCAGCGGACUGCGUCGUUUUCACUUCUAGUGUUUGCUUGAUCGGAGUCUCCGGUUUCCACAUACAACAUUCCGACUAGGAUUUUGAAAUCGGGUUUACUAGAAAGGUUUGCAAUGCCUCCUACUUCAGAACGAGAAAGAGAUUCAAGUGACUUUAAAUUGGAAGACUACAAAUAUAAGUACUAUAAAGAUUUGACGAGGGGAACCAUCAAAAUUAAAAUUUCCAAUUCAGCUUAUAGAUGCCCCUACUGUUUUGGAAAGAAGGGAGAUUACCUUUUUGAGGAACUUCUCCAACAUGCUUAUCGUCUUGGUAGAGAUUCUCAAAGGAUAGAUCUCAAAGAGAAAGCUUGGCACUUAGCUUUGGAGAAGUAUAUGAGCAGGCAUAUUAAUGUGCAUGCCGAUCAAAUUGAGUCUUCAAAUGCACAUAAACAUGAUAGGAAGAGUUCAGGGUAUGUCAACAAAACUGAAUCUGCCAAUGUACAUAAACGAGAUAGGGAUCACUUGGUUGUUUCUUCCACCUCACAUGAACAUGGUAAGGAUCAGUUGCUUGUUUGGCCAUGGAUGGGAAUUAUUGCUAAUAUCCAAACUCAGUUUCAAGAUGGCCGUCGUGUUGGGGAAAGUGGUGCAAAACUUAGAGAUGAACUAACAAGAAAGGGGUUUGAACUAGUUAGGGUGCAUCCUUUAUGGAAUCACUUGGGUCAUUCAGGAUUUGCUAUUGUAGACUUUAAGAAAGACUGGGAUGGCUUCAAGAAUGCACUGAUGUUUGACAAAGAUUUUGAAGUUAAUCAUUGUGGGAGGAAGGAAUAUUUUAAGCUUCCACAAAAUGAUAGAGGAAAUAAGUUGUAUGGUUGGGUUGCAUGUGACGAUGACUAUCACUCCAAAAGUAUUAUUGGUGAUCAUUUGAGAAGGAACGGGGAUUUAAAAAGUGUUUCUGGUAAAGAAACUGAGGAUCGAAGGAAAGAUUCAAAACUUGUGACCAAGUUAACCAAUACCUUGCAAAUGAAUCAUGAGCGCCUUAAAGAAAUGGAGGUCAAGUACAAUGAAACCAGCAUGUCUUUGAACAAACUAAUGGAAGAAAAGGAUGCUAUCAUCAGAUAUUAUAAUGAAGAAAAAAGAAAGAUGCAGCAAGAUGAACGUGAUCAUUUUAAGAAGAUCUACUUGGAGCAUGAGAAGGCUAUGCUAGGAUUGGAGGCUCAGAGAAAAGAACUGAAGUGGCGUGAGAAGCAGUUGCAACAACGUGAGUUUCAGAACGACGAUGAGAGGAGGAAGCUUCAUCAUGAGAAGAAAAAGAAUGAAAGGGCAAUCAUGGAGCAGAAAAAGGCAGAUGAAAACAUGUUGAGAUUGGCAGAAGAACAAAAGAGACAAAAAGAGAAACUCCAUAAGAAAAUCUUUGAGCUGGAAAAGAUGCUUGACGCUAAGCAAGCAUUGGAGUUGGAGAUAGAGCGCUUGAAGGGUUCUUUAAAAAUAAGGGAGCACAUGGGAGAGGACAAGAAAAAGAUGGACGCAAUCAACGAAGAAUUGAAGGAAAAAGAAGAAGAACUAGAUGCGUUGGAAACACUUAAUCAAACUCUUAUUGUUAAGGAGCGCAUGAAUAAUGAUGAAGUGCAAGAUGCUCGUAAGGAGCUAAUAAUUGGUUUAAGGGAAGAUACCCGGGCUUUUAUUCAUGUCAAGAAAAUGGGAGAGCUUGAUGAUGGACCUUUCCUUGCUGCAGCCAAGAGAAAAUUUUCUGAUGAAGCUGAUGUGAAAGCAGCAAAGCUGUGUUCACAGUGGGAUCACUAUCUGCGAGAUCCUAGCUGGCAUCCAUUUAAGAUAACCACUGAUAAGGAGGGACAUAGUGAGGAGAUUAUCAAUGAAGAUGAUGAAAAAUUGAAAGAUCUGAAGAGCGAGUAUGGUGAUGAGGUUUAUAAUGCUGUGAUAAAAGCCUUGAGAGAAAUAAAUGAAUAUAACCCCAGUGGAAGGUACAUAGUACGGGAGAUUUGGAAUUUCAAGGAGAACAGAAAAGCAUCACUAAAGGAGGGAGUAGCACAUUUACUGAAACAAUGGAAGCUGCAUAAACGAAGGAAAACCUAAGAUCAUGUGUCGCUUUAUUGUAUAUACAAAUUGCAUUUUCAGCAUCAUGCAACAAGAAUCUUACACAUUAUUUGCAUCCCAGUUGAUCCACUAGGACAAAAUAGUACAUGCAACAUGCUAUGUUCCGCCAAUAAAAGUAUGAACACGGCGUACGCGACAGCUCAAAUAGGAAGCAAGUCACAAAGCAUCAGGACCAGCUCUAGUUAAGCUACAUUAUGAUGGAAGAUAAGAUGAAAUGCAGUUUCUUUAGGGAAUUUGGUUAUCGCGGUUUCUGGAUUGAUCAAUUUAGAAAUAUUAGUUUGUAUGCUUUAGAUUGCUGAUUAUACACACUCUUCUCUUUUCCAUUUUUCAACAUGAUGAGAUUUUAUAGGUGAAGUCACCAGUUAAUGUUUUUAUUGUUAAAAAAGGGGAAGCAGACACUAAAAAAUGGUGAAAAGGAUUAGGAGGGGACAAGUUGAUGAAGGCAUUAUUAAUUUUUAAUGGUAGGUUCUGAACUUCUAGUUAGUUUAGAACUCACGAGGGUUUUGUUGAAAUAAUUGAAAUUAUGAAUGUUGCUACUUUUACUACUCUAGAA